AGUGCCAGCAGAAAAUGAAAAGGAGUCAAACCUGAUACAACGUUAUCUUUUAUUAGGUUUUUUUCGUUUCGAUUUCGGAUACCAUCCUGCACAUAUGCCUGUUGAAGACUUCGUCAGCCCGGAAUCCGUGUGGGGACACCCGGUGGCAUGACUGGACUCCUGUGCGCGCGGUUUAAUGAAGUAUUGCGCCGACUGUGUUGGAAACAUCGCACCGGCCCAGAGUAGACUGUGUGGGAGAAGGCUGAGCGGUCCUGCCCCUCCGCUGACCACCAACCUUCAAUGCUAGCGAUAAAAAGCCUCGCUGGCGACACCGUAACUAUGGAAGACUACCACGAAAACCCUUGAAAGUAUUCCCCGCUAAGCUGCGCCCGUACAGUACCAGUUUCACUAUGCCUAAGCGGCGGUGCUCUGUGAGGCUUGCAGUUGCCUGAUAUUAACGUUCCAGGCCUGCUUUUUCCAUCUGGAAAUUUCUUGGCAGGGGAAAGCAGGCCAGCUAGCCCCGCUAGCUUCAGCCUUUUUUCUGCGCUGCAUUUCUGGGGUUUUGCGGCGCAGCCUUUUCCAUGACCACACAAUUGACACUGUCUAUGUAUUUAAGGACUUUUUAAAUCCAAAAAGGAAUUUUAUGGGAUUCAUAUCGGCGAAAGAGGAGCGGGCCUAAGCCAAAAUGGUGAACUGGAGGCGGCUGCUGCGAAUGUCCAACCGAUCAUUUUUGGCCUUCAUAUUCUUCUUCUCCAUGUCCACCACUUGUCUCUACUUCAUUUAUGUGGCUCCUGGAAUAGCCAACACAUACUUCUUCAUGGUGCAGGCUCAGGGCAUCAUGCUGAGGGACAACGUGAGGACUAUUGGCCAGAUGAUUCGAUUGUACACCAACAAAAACAGUACACUCAACGGGACAGAUUAUCCUGAUGGCACAAACUCCAGUGAAUACCUGGUCCAGCCAACCACGUACCUCCCUGAGAACUUCAGUUACGCCCAGAACCUCCCCUGCCCAGAGCGAUUACCUUCUAUGAAGGGCCUUAUGGAAGUGAACAUGACAGAAAUCCCCAUGGAGGAGAUUGAAUUGAAGUUCUCCAAGAUUUUUGAUAUUGAGUUCGGAGGUCAUUGGAAACCAAAGGACUGCAGGCCUCGCUGGAAGGUGGCUAUCCUGAUUCCAUUUAGAAACCGUCAUGAACAUCUGCCCAUCCUCUUCCAACACCUCAUCCCUAUGCUGCAGAGACAGCGGCUGCAGUUUGCCUUCUACGUCAUCGAACAGAGUGGCAGUCAGCCCUUCAACAGAGCCAUGCUGUUUAAUGUGGGAUUCCUGGAGGCCAUGAAGGACUUGGACUGGGACUGCUUGAUCUUCCAUGAUGUUGACCAUAUCCCUGAGAACGACCGCAACUACUAUGGCUGUGGUCAGAUGCCACGCCACUUUGCUGCCAAGCUGGACAAAUACAUGUACAUUCUUCCAUACAGCGAGUUCUUCGGUGGAGUGAGUGGGCUCACUGUGGAUCAGUUCCGCAAGAUUAAUGGCUUUCCCAAUGCAUUCUGGGGCUGGGGAGGAGAGGAUGACGACUUGUGGAACAGGGUUCACUACGCUGGUCUGAAUGUGACACGGCCGGAGGGAGAGAUUGGAAAGUACAAGUCCAUCCCUCAUCACCACAGAGGAGAGGUGCAGUUUCUAGGGAGGUAUAAACUGCUGAGGUAUUCCAAAGAGCGGCAACACCUGGACGGCCUCAACAACCUCCACUACAGCCCCCUCGUGUCCCUGAGCAGCCUCUACAAGAACAUCACAGUGGACCUGCACCCCGAGCUCGCUCCCAUUGCAGACUACUGAACUGCCCCCUCCUCCUCUCCCCAACUCAUCCACCCGCCACCUCUCCCCCUUCUCCUCUUCCUUCUCCUCCUCACCCUACAGCUCACCCAGCAGCUCUCCACCGGCCCCUGGCCUCCUAGCGCCCCCUUCAGCCAAUCAGAGGCAGAGCAGAAGAGUGCUGCGGAGGAGAGGAGGGGGGCUCAGGCCGGUAGGAGGGGCGAAGAGGCGCAACAUGUAAUGCUGCCAAGAAAUCUAAGUGACGAAAAAAAAAUCCAAAUAGAAAAAAAUGAGGAAAAAAUGAAGAGGCGGUGGCAAGUCUCUUAAAGUGAACUGUCGAUUGUGUAUGUGUGUGUCUGUGAAUAUGCGAGUGUGUGUGAGAUGGGUGAGUUGCUGCAUGUCUUUUUGUCCGUGCCGGCUUAUUUACUAAAAGUUCCCAUCAGUCUCGGUUUAGUUGGAGGGAGCAGCAGCAUCUCAGCGCCGAUGUUUACUGCAAAGCCUUAACGUGGCAGAACCACAGCUCCCUCAACCGGCUUGGCUCGGCUCGGCUCGGCUCGGCACCGCUUCACUUCUUCUGAUGUAUCACCGUCACCUUAGAAGCCAACACACGACGUUGUUGUCUCACUUUUCUCUUCUUUAUUUUAUACAUAUCAGUUCGUCAGGCGACAGUAUUCCUUUUGGGAUCUGAGCAAGCUCAACACAGACGUUUGUGAUGUACAUUUUGUUAUUUUUUUGAUACAUUACUAUUUAUUUUCUUUGAUUCAGGAUGUUCAGAAGAAGAAGCACUCCUCUGUGUCACUCAGAUGUUUUGUUUUUUGCUGCACUGCUGCUGAAUCCGCAUGAACAUGUAUGUAAAUAUCGGCCUCUUACAGCUCACAAACACAAAUAUGUAAAUAUCAGCCUUUAAACGCUCGGGCAUAUUACAGUGAUAUUCCAGUGGGUUUGAAUUUUUAUUUUGGCAGCUACCUUCUUUCUGAGGAUUUAAUAAGAGUGCGUGGUUUCUUCCUAACAGGAAGAUGUUCUAACAAUAUCGGAUGUUUGGCUUAAAAAGAAGUAUCCAAAUCUGAAGAUUUGACUUUAUCUUUUGCAUGCCUUAAUUUAUUUUGUUUACCAGAUGUUUUUUUUUUUUCUUUUCAAACAUAAAUUAUUUCUUCAGUUCGAGAUGUGUAUAUUUUUUAAUUUUUGCCUUUUGUUGUGCAUUUUCUGCUUUAUUUUUUCUCUCUUUGAGGUGCACUGUGUGAAAAGAGUUUAGUUGGACGCUCCGUGGUUUUGUAGGGAGCACAGGGUUGGCCAUUACAGCAAGCAACGUGCUUUAGUGCAGGUGAACUAAUGGUCUCAUGUGAGUGUAUAUGAUUUUGUCUCAGAUGUGUUUUUAUUUUUAGAUUUUUUUAUUUUUUUAUCUUCUUCAGUAGUGCUGGACCAUGUGAUAAAGCUCUUCAUUGUACUGUACCAUGCGCUGAAGCGUGGGCACUUUGGGCUGGAUGCUGUGUGUGUCUGGACUGUGUGUUUUCCUUUCUUUUCCUUUUUCUUCAGAGGCUCUGUGAGGCAGCCAGAGGGGCCAGAAUGAGAGAACCGGAGCUGAGGCUCAUUUGAAGCCGAAGUUACCGAUGUUCUUGAAUGGCACAGUCAGAAUCCUGAGCUGUGAAAACUUUAAUUUCUUAAAGCUUUGAGCACUACAAAGGUUGUGAGAAACAUGUAGGCAGAUUAUUUUUGACCAGAUGUUCACUGUUAAGAUUCUCCUCUAUAUGAAUAUAUAUAUAUAUCGGUUUUGAAUUUGACCAUGAAUUGUAUGUUUGGACAUUUUGUUUGAAUUCUAUUGUUCUGAGUGUUAGAUCACAACUUUGGCCAUUUCAGUCCUGAACCUCUCACAUUUUUUUUAUCAUGUCUAUCAGACCAAUCUUCACUAUAGAGUCCCUUUAAGACCCCAGACAAAGACAAAAGUUGGAAGGGACAUGUUAGAUGGAGGGAAAAACACUUACAGGAUGUUUAAAAUGUAGUCAACCCAAGAUCACCUGCGACUGAAAUACUUCAGCAGCAGAUUUAGUCUGACAAUAUAGCUGUAUAUGAUGCAGAAUACACUGGCUGAUGUGACUUCUGCCUUGUUGAGACCUGCUUUAAUGUGGGUUUUUGUGAUCCAGUCUUAAGUGGACAUGUUCAAGUGCAUCAAAUCAGUUCAUACCAUUAGAUUGCGUCUCCACACGCAUCUCGAGGAUCUCAGUUCCAUUCUCUAUAUGCAAAUAAAUUAGUCUGAAAUGGCAAGUGAAUUCCAUUUCCCGCAGGCAUUUUGGGUGUGGUGCAAGCCGUUGAGUCUUAACAGACUGGCUUUGUGCUAUUUUUUUGUUUUUAUUUUUUUGCAAUUGUGUUGCAUAAAGAAACUGUCAGAAGAGUAAAAAAUGAACAGAAGGAUGUUCCUCUGCCUUUUCAUAUUAACUAGUUAGCAUUAACCAGGCUGAAAAAUUCAUUUUCUCUGCCACCGAGAACUUGUAAGACAGAAUGUUUCCUUGCCUGUCACUCAAAGCAUGUGGCUUUAGGAAUCAGUCAGUGUGACGACUUGGGCCAUUCUACUUUUUAUUUUCUCUCUUGCAUGAAAUAUACUUCAGUGGUGAUCGGAUCUUAAGCACUUUAAACAUGUAAAUUAAUUUCAGCUGGAUUUCAUGAAACGUGAAUGUUCUAUUUCCCCACUUGGAGGAAAAAAAACAAAAAAACAAAGUAGCUGAGUGUCAUUCUACUGCAUUCAGGCAGCAUGACACCUGUGAUGCACCUGUAUUAUAUCUGUGGGCUUUUUCAGACAUCUUUAAAACACAAUAUCAUGAAAAUUAUUCACAUGCAGAUGUAAGUAUUCAGCAGCAGCAGAAGACAAUUGAAUCUUUAUACCUCCUCAGUGCUUCUGGAGUGAGUUUAGAACUAACAUGAGUACUUGUGAUUGGAUCACAAAAGCUGCGUCAGUACUGGUUUGAACAAGAGCAAUCUAAGCAUCCUCAACUGUAGAAAAAACACUCUGUGAAUUAUGCACAGUCCUGGAGAAAGUAAAGAGACUGCUGCAGAUGUUCAGACCUCUGGAUAGUGAUCUAGAUGUAGUGACCUGAAGUCUUGACAAUUUGGAAUUUGACAAGAAUGCGAGUGCCAAAAUUGUACUCCAACACAUAUCUAUACACAGUAAUAGUUUUCAUGUUUUUUUUCCAGCCAAAAGUAAAAUGUAUCAACAAGAACUUCGUCACAUCUAUUUAAUGAUCAUUGUGUCGAUUAUUUCAGAGACGACUGCAAUGGUUGUCUCCGUGUCAAAAAGCAUGUUUUAUUACACAGGGUUGAGUAAUAAAACAUACCCAGGAAGAAUUCCAGUCUUUGUUACUGAACUGUUUUAUUGGAGAGAGAGUUUUUAAGCAUGACACAUCUAUAGUGAAAUGACUGAAUAGAUCAAUGAUAAGAAAAGAAGAUUCAAGUGUGAAAUGGCCUUAGUGAUGUGGGGUUUUUUUUUGUUUUUUCUUUUUUUUUCUAUAGUUUUAAAGCAUUUCAUGUCGGUUAAAACUCCUGAGGCUUCUCCAUGUGAGCGUUGCAAGGAUUUCUGGGAAAGGCUGACUUUGAGCCACGGUAUCUUGUCCCCCUACCCCCACCCCUACCCCAAUCCUAUUUUCCCAAAAGCCCUUGCAGCACAUUUGAUCAUUGGAGCUGCCCAUGUAUGUUUACAGACUUUAUUUCUUCACAUGUAGAUGUGGCUGAGCCCAAAAGGCUACAAUCUGGCUUUGGGUCGGCCGCAGAGCCACAGAAUUUCAUAGUAUGUGGAUCUGACCAAUCAGAUUAGAGGGGAUAGUCGUUGUGUUGGUAGCCCCGGCUGGUGCGCUGGGGUUCGGUGCUGGCUUUUGAACAGUGUUGGUUUAGCAGAGGACUCUCUUGUGCGUUGCCUUUUCUUAGUUUAGAACCACAGUUUUGCAGAAGAUACCAUCAGCCCUGUGUGGGUGUGUAGGUGUAUGAAUGUCAGGUUUCAUCUCCCUGUGUGGGUAAGGGGAGGGGGGCGCUGUCACCUGACUGUGUAGCAGUAAAGAUGGAGUGUUGACGUAGCCCGACUGCUCACGUAGAACAUUAGUCAUUGCCUUGGUGAUCAGCUGGUUAGGGUGUAUACAACACCAUGUAGUGUAACUCUGUUCUUUGACAUCGUACACAUUCAUUUCACCUCCACCUCCUUCGUCUAUUUCAUACAGCAGUAAUGCCUUAACUCACCCUGUAAUUACUGUUUGUAGUGUCAUGCCAGAUACCUAAGAACCAGUAUUUGUAUUUUGUUCAUUCAUGAACCCAAUUUCAUGAGGAUCUAGAUGUGUUUAAGAUCAGAAAAAAGGUUACAGUCAUCUCCAUAGAAAUGCAUUUUUCUUAAUCUAGCAUCAUCAGUAUUGAGGAAAUUAAUAAAUCGUCACAUAAGUCUGCAUUUUGAUUCAUUCAGUAUAUGUUUUAGAUCGAGGCUAAAUCAGUAAAAGUUCAGUAAUGUAAUUGAAAAUUGUAAAAUUAUUAUAUUCUGGGGAUGCACCAAUCUUUUUGGCUGAAUAUUGAUACUGGCUAUUGAAUAUUGAUAUUGGUAUUUUUGUUAGUGCCAUUGGCCUGUUGGCAAAUGAAAUGGCUAUUCACUGAUGGCAGUUGCCAAUGUUUAUCUAUCUGUUGUACAAGUUCCCUGUGUGAUUACAGCUCAGUCACUGCAGCUGGACUCCAUUCAGUUCUAUUUCAGUUGUGCCAGGUCUAGUUCAAUACGCUACCAAGCUUUUGUUGAAGUGUCUUGCCUGGAUAUCCAGUGGGCCUAGUUGUAUGCAGAACUGUGUACAUCUCUUGAUAAGUACAGCCACACUAAAAUAUUUUAGAGACUUUAAUUCAAAGUUCAUUAAUAUCAACUAGCGUUUAGCAAACAAACAGUGUCAGUAUCAACGCCAACUGUCCAACCAUUAUUUUCUGGAUCAGCCCUGAACUUUGAGAUUGGUGCAUACCUGGUAUAACCAUGUUAUCUGUGUGCAUUUGUGCAUUUCCAGACCAGUUUUUUCUGAAUAACUGCUUACUUCUGGGAAACCCCUGCCAUGUCUUUACGGUGUUGAAGCUCUGCUACAGUAUAGGAAAUGUCCGUACAACAUGCAGUUUUUCCAAACUUGGUGUUAGACUGGAUCAGCUGGAGGGAAGCUCUAAUGUGAUUGGUUGUAAUCAGGAGGAUUUUACUACGAGAUACAUUAUUCAAGCAGUUAGAGGCACCACCUAAUCCACAUUACUGUAAAAUCAGUGUUUUCCAUAGCAGACCUUGGGUAUGGGUCCAAGAGGCUUUUUUUGGAGCUAUUAAAGUUUGUUGUCCUAGACGAAACAACAUGUAGGGCCCAUCAAAUAUUACAGUGUUCAAUACUUUUUGACAAAUAGGCAAAUUCUCAUUAAGAACGUGUUUAGCCCUUUUAAAAAUAAAUUUCUUCAUUUAAAAAAUAGUUCUUGUGGGAGGAGCCCUUGAGUAUAACAUAUUCCAACAUAGUAGCAGCCACACACACCAGACAACCAAUCACAGCAGAGUAGAACGUCUCCCCAGCCAAUCUAAUCCAACACCUGCUAUUUUAGUUUGUCAGUCACCUGGGAGUCCUAGCUCUUGGAAUAAAGGUGUUCUGGGAAAUGUAUGAGAAUAGCGUCUUAAGUAUUUGACCAUAUCUUUCUUAAUUUGUAGAGCUGUUUUUCGGUGGAUUACUUGUUCACUAUCCAAGGGGUUGUAGUGAUGGUGCGACAGGGCAGGAAGUAUGUAGCGCUUUAGAUCAGGCCAUAUCCCAUGAUCCCCUCUGAGGCCAAAGCAAAAACACCGGGUCCUUGAUGCCAAAUGCUAAUGUCUGUCUUUGAUCAGUAUUCAGAGUUGUACAGAUCUGUCCUGGACUCACUGGAGUCUCAAUGCCAGACUAUCUAAAAUGAUGAUGUGUUCACCACUAGACAUUUUACAUACAGAGUAUUCCUUUUUUGCAGUAUUUAUUUGUGCCUUGUUUUUUUUUUUCUUUUUCAUUUUGCUUUGUAAAGAGAUUAUUCUUCUUUUUGAAACCCAAUUGUCAGUAUUCCCUACAUUUUGGUCAUAUCCAAUGUGAAUUGUUGUGAUUACAGUUUAACAACAGUCUGAUCCGAUGUCAUCAGCGGGGUCCAGUGUUGACAGCUGUCUUGACCACUUAGUGUCCAAACCCACUUUGCUGUGGGUCAAACUAGGACUGAGUCCUCCAAAGAAACAUUACACCAAUCCAAGUCUCCAAUCUAAGACCUGACGCUUUUAGUUUAAUCCACCAUCAUUGAACUCUUCUUUACCCUCCAAUCUGAUUCAUUUGCCCUGGAUUUAACAUAAAAGCAAAUGGACACCAUUUGCAUCUCAUUUCCAUAUGUAUGAGGACCUGAGCAGACCCAGAGAGGCUCAAGGCAGCUUUCCACUGAUGACGCUGUAUUGAUAUGGUCAUACUGCAUGUUCAUCCCUGUGUAGACACUUUAGUCCUUAUUCAGCAUGUUUUAAUCACACACUUAGGACAUUGUCUGAGUCUGUCUUUUAGUUGCAGACAGACUAAGAAAUUGGUCCAACCAGUAUAUUGCAAACAACAAAUGGAAAGACACAAAUCUGACAGUAUGAUGGAGAUGUAUCAGAGAAAUAAAUAGGAUACUAGGUGGGGGUUUUUUUUUGUUUUUUUUUUGAAAGUAUGUAUUAUUUAAGAUAUUUAAUCAGUGCCAUCAAACAGAUGAAGUUGGUACCCAGACCUGUACAAGAAACCAAAAUGAUAUCAAGUAUUUCGAUGUGCCAUGUAUGAUGUGUGCAAUCUAGCGUAUUCUAGCACCCCCUUGUGGUUGAUACGUUACAGUUUUCAGGCCAUAUGAACUCUAAUCUAGUAAUUCUGCUAAUAACAGCUGAUCCAUCUCCUCGACAACACACUUAAUGUGCUGAUGUUUGUUAUAAAAUGCGAUGGAAAGUGGAGACGACUGAAAUUUUUUUCAUUCAGAUUGAGGUCAAUAAUGAACUUGAGCUCAAUUUUAUGUUUGUAAAAAACAAAUAUCAGCCAAUAUUAUUUAUGAUAUUUAGGUAUCAGCUGCAAAAACCCCAGAGCAAGUCUAAAUCGACAUAAAAAAUAAGAUAAAAGAAAAAAACUGUAAUAUUUUAUUACAAAUGCCCAUUUUCUGAUCAAUGUCCUGAGUGUGUGAAAACAUAAAUUAGGGCAGAAUAAACCCCCCCCUGACUUAUCUGUGUGUCUCCCAGCAUCCCCGUUAUGAGUGUGAUGCUGGAGGUGUGUCCCAUGACGCUGUACGUCCUAAUAACCGGAUCACCAGGCUCUACAUUUCCAAUUAUCUCCUGUUGAAGAAAGAUGCUGUAUUCCACACUGAGCCAACCCUGUGAACAUGUUAAUGUAGCACCCACUCUGCACAUGCUCAGUUCCGUCUCAUUCUGCCUCUCACUGGCUCAGAAGCGUGUGCUAGAGGCCCCCCCACCCCCACCCCACCCCGCCCCUGAGACCCCCUCCAUAACACACACAUCACUGAACUUUUUUUACAUGGUGAAGUUGGCUCCAUUGUUAAACUUCUGCAGUCUUUGGUAACAGACAGUUCCAAAAAAAAGUUUGAGUCUGGUGUUGAAGCGUUACUUUGUAAAGUUUUUUUUUCUUUGUUGACAGAAGACAGAAUAAACACUUCAUUGCCAUAUUCUGAAAAACA